AUGGCUGAGAGAAACCAUACUGUGUUGGUCACCAAAUUCAUUUUCAUGGGGUUGACAGACAACCCAACAGUGCAGGUCAUUCUCUUUGUGCUGUUCCUAUCCAUUUACAUCAUCACACUGGUGGGAAAUCUUGGGAUGAUUCUGCUAAUCAAGAUCAGCCCUAAACUUCACACUUCCAUGUACUUCUUCCUCAGUAACUUGUCUUUCCUGGACAUUUGUUAUUCCUCUGUGGUGGCACCCAAGACAAUAGCAAGCUUCUUGGAAGAGACAAAAGCCAUCUCUGUGUUUGGGUGUGCAGCACAAAUGUACUUUUUUAUAGCUCUGGGGACCACAGAGUGUUUCCUGUUGUCUGCAAUGGCCUAUGACCGGUAUGUGGCCAUCUGUAACCCACUGCUCUACCCAGUUGUUAUGUCCCCAAGAGUCUGUGUCACAAUGGUGGUUGGAUCGUAUACACUUGGACUGUUACAUUCUAUGGUGCACACACAUUUUACGUUUCAUUUGUCCUUCUGUGGGUCUAAUAAAAUCAAUCAUUUCUAUUGUGAUCUCACUCCUGUCUUAUCACUCUCCUGCUCUGAUACUCACAUCAAUGAAAUCCUGAUAUUUAACCUUGGGGGACUUAUUGAAUUAACCACCAUUCUGACGGUCCUGGUCUCCUACACUUACAUCCUCAGUACCAUAUUGAGAAUCCGCUCUGCUGAGGGCAGGAACAAAGCCUUUUACUGUGCCUCCCAUCUGACUGUGGUCUCUAUAUUUCAUGGAGACAUUCUCUUCUUGAAUGUACGACCCAGGUCCAGCUAUUCCCUGGACACAAGCAAAGUUCUGGCAGUGUUUUACUCAGUGGUCAUUCCCAUGCUGAACCCCCUCAUCUACAGUCUGAGGAACCAGGAUGUGAAGGAUGCCUUCAAAGACAUCAUGAAGAGAAAAUGGUUUAUCAAUAUAUUUAAUUCUUAG